AUGGGCCCCUGUAUACCGCCUCCUCUUGCUGCUGCCAGGUCCAGUUUCUGCCAUGGGCCACCCGUUACGGACUCUCAUGCUGCUGCCAGGCCCGUAAUCUGCCAUGGGCCCCCUGUACCGCCUCCUCAUGCUGCUGCCAGGUCCAGAGUGUGUUCAUGGGUCCCCUGUACGGCCUCCCAUUGCUGCUGUCUCCAUCGCCACACUCUGCCAUGUGCCACUUUCAGGUCUCUCCUCACACUGCGGUGGGUUUCCAUUUUGUGAAUAGGGUGGCUGUAUGGCCUUGAGGGCAUUGUGCGAGCCUAAUAACCGACAUACUAUGGCGCCAUGUGCCUCUUGGCUUUUGGACCGAACGGCUGAUCUGCAACAUUUGGUAGGUUUGUGUUGCGGUCCGAUGACUGCUGAUAGAAGGCAGGCAGGAUGCUUGCCAUGUAGGUCUCUGAUCGUCUGCUCACGGGCUGACGGCUUCCGCUUUUUUAAGAGGACUUGUUAUGGCUUUAGAAAUAA